GGCAAAUGACAUGAAAUACCACGAGUCCCUGUCCGGAAAAUCUCACCCAGAUGAAGAUCGUCAGCGGAGCUCGAAGCAUUGCUCUCGGUCCAGAUCACGAUCAGUGGACCGAAAGCGCAAGUCAGUUGGACAUUUUAACUUGGGGAGUCUAUGGGAUUGACUCCCUUUUGCAGCCAGCCUCCAGCGACCAGUCGAUGAAUUACAGUUUUAGUCACUUCCGUGUUGGCUUCACGAGAGAGAGCGGGAGGUUGCCACUCGGCUUACCCCCAGGGCAUCCAAGAUGAAGGAGACAAGAGGCACAGACGAAGCCACAGCAGAAGCAAAGAGCGUGCUAAUGCACGAAGAGACACUCUGAACAGAAGACGCUGCUGACAGAUAGCAAAAUUAUAUGCCUACUACCUGGACAGGUAACUAUCAGUCAUUUAAACUUAUAUGCCUAUUUAACGAUAUGUUUUUCUCACAACCCCAGUUAUUGCCUUUUUUAUAGACACCAGCAGAAUUCCAAUAAAAAAAAUGAUUGGCCAUUCCCAAUGUGAAUGCAUGCAGAUUUGCACAGUAAAAAACAAUCAAAAAAAAAACAUUAAAUUGCGCGCACUGAAAUAUUUUUCAUAUAUAUUUGUCUGGUCAUAAGUGAAUUCAAAUUCUUAAGGGCAUUUUACGCUGUACACAUUGAACGCGAGUUUUCGGUUAUUUUUUGUGGGAGAGCAGGACAGGUGAUAGAAUGGGCUCAUUCACAUGAAUCAUGCCACUUUGUUAUGUACCACCGCAUUUUAUUCAUAUUAGAUUAUUUAAUUAAAUGUGUGUGUGUGUGUGUGUAUGUAUAUACACACACAUAUGUAUGUAUGUAUGUAUGUAUGUAUGUAUGUAUAUAUAUAGUGUAUGUGUAUGUGUGUGUGUGUGUGUGUGUGUGUGUAUAUACACACUUUACCUAUUCUGCCUUACAAAGCCUAAACACAGUGGUGUUUUUAUUUUUUUGGAUUGUGAAAGCUGCAUUAACUUCCACUCGAAAACAAAACUACAUUUUAUUCUCACUUUUGGUUGGUGGUGUUACUGUGUUUUUCCUUUGUAUAGUAGCAGUACUUUUACAUUUCUCAAAACAAAAUCCACACACUUAAUGAAGAAAUAUUACCUAACCUUAAAAAAAAAAAAAAAAAGGUAAUUUAGCUUUUACUUGCGUGCCUCAUGGAAUGCAAUAUUUAAACUGUAAUCACCUCAGACAUAGGAUGUUUUCACACUAUAGCACAAGUAAGCAUCAUUAUUUAACAUUGAAAUUUGAGAUUAAGUGGUUUAAACAGCUUUUUUGUAUGUAUAUGUGCCUUUACACAUAAGAGGUGGCAAGAUGGCAAGAAAAGCUUUAUAAUAUUAUGUAAAAUGCCCUUUAAAGUCAACAUAAAACCAAACCCAGUAUACUUUCGUAAUGUAAAUAAUUGUAAUGUGAAUUUUCUGAGGUAAAAUAAUAAUAAGAAUAUAUUUUAUUAAUCUUGAAUUGACCUGAAUGCUAGAAAUAUAUGAAAUAUGUAGAUGUUAAUUUACAAUAUUUUAUUUUCUAUUUUGAGUCUCUACCUACUGGAAACCAAGAUGAUGGUUAUUUUAAAUUCACUCAAGCGCAUCUUUACAAAUCCAUCACGACAAAGCAAAAUUUACAUUUGUCAGUUAAUUACAUUUUAAAGAAAGUUUGAGGAGAUAAAAUAUUUGUAGAGUAAGACCAGGAAUGUGUAAGUAAAUAGGGUUCAUUUUGAUUUUAUGUUGACUUUAUGUAGGAGAAAAACAGUGUAUACAAGAAAAAAAAUGCCAGUGCGAAAUCUGUGUACAUUUCUCGCAAUAAAGAUCGCCCAUGCUUUUUUUUUUUUGGUACUAUACUGGGUGUAAAUGUGCUGGUUUAGUGCACUCAUUUGUGUUAAAUGUAAAUGUAUAUGCUGCACUUGAAGGGAUUUGGCUUAGGGAUUUUUUCAUUUGAAAACUGUUUUUCUUGUCAGAAUUAUUUUGGCAAGUUUGUUCUUAAACUUACUAACUCUUUUUAUUGCACUAUUUUCCUGAAAGAGACAAAUUCUUCUUAAAACAGGCACGGAAGAAGGACUCUGAGAAAGCUCUGAAAUGUCAGAGCGGAUCAGAGGAGCAGCUGGAGAUGUCAGAUAAAGGCCGUGACAGGCUGUCUGAAGACAUGGAGGAGCGACAUCGCCGAAAAGACAAGAAAUCCUCCAGACCAAGAAGCCUAUCAAGAUCACGUUCAAGGGAAAGACGACAUCAUAAUCGAAACUGGGACAAAAGAAGAUCUCGCUCACGAAGCGGUGAAAGGAGAUCAAGGAGCCGUGACAAGAAGAGACGGGCAAGGUCUCGAUCAAACUCCAGAAGCAAGCACAGACAUCGCAGCAGGAGCCGUAGCAAGAGCAGGGAGAAGAAAAAGAGGUUAGAGAAAGCACGGAAAAAAAGUCGCAGUCGGUCAGCUAGUCCUGUGACCUUCAGGGGCAGAAACACAGCCAUGGAUGCUCAGGAGGCAUUGGCCAGAAGGUUGGAGAGAGCAAAGAAGCUUCAAGAACAGAAGGAAAAAGAGUUGUUGGAAAAACGGCAACAACAAGAGAAGGCAGCAGCAGCUCCACUGUUGUGCGAUACAACCACUGCAGCACCCAGUUCAAGCCUGAACGUUGCAGCACUGCUGGCCUCUGGCACACAGGUCACUCCUCAGAUUGCAAUGGCUGCUCAGAUGGCAGCACUUCACGCCAAAACGCUGGCAGAGACUGGCAUUGCUGUGCCAAGCUACUACAAUCCCUCAGCGGUGAACCCAAUGAAGUUUGCAGAGCAGGAAAAGAAGAGGAAAAAGUUGUGGCAGGGGAAAAAAGAUGGGGACAAGUCACAAACAGCUGAGCUUUGGGAGAAGCUGAAUUUUGGUAAUAAAGACCAAAAUGUGAAAUUUCGCAAAUUAAUGGGCAUCAAAGGUGAAGAAGAAGGUAGUUCAUCAGGAGCUGGUAACGAAGAAGGUCUUAAAACCUUGCAACAGCAGGAAGAGAUGUUCCGAAAUUUGGACGUCCAGUAUGAGAUGGCCCGUUCACAAACACACACGCAGAGGGGAAUGGGCCUAGGUUUCUCCUCUUCAUUUUCUUCAAGGGGCAUGGAUGCUGUCUGAACAUUCUGUAUUUGUGCUUCUCAUUUUUGUACAUUCUGUCUGAUGUUACCACUGUAAAGCUGAUUUUUAUGUGUUUGUAGAGAAUACUGGUGCAUUAGCCUGCAUGUAUGAUUCAUCAGGUCUGUCAUUUUAUUCAUUUUGGAAAUUCACAUGUAAAUACAGUUGAUUGCUCAAACAUGUAUAGUUGCUUGGUCUCUGAAGAUUGCAUUUAAUAUUGUAAAGCUUUUGUUUGGAUUUUGGGAGGGGAAUGUGAUUGUAUAUUUGACUGUUUGUAUUGAUACUGUCUGAAGUUAGCGAUUCCUGAUAUAUCAAUGACCAAUUGGUACCAGGGGCUAUGAUAUAUUGUGCUUCACAGCUUUUUGUGAAAUAAUUACUACAUAUAUCAAGGACACAAAUUAAUAUGACAGACUGUCAUCAGUUUGAGUUGGGGGGAAAAAACACUGCAAUUUCACAGAACAAUAAAAUUAUUUAACAUACAAAA